GGGCGGUGCUGUCCCAUGGGGCCGGGGGCGGAGCUGGCUCCCGGCGCGGCCCCACCCCGGGCUCCGGCGUUGGUCGCCAAGGAGCGGAGCUGGCCGGGCAGUUCCCAGAGACUGCCUGAGAUGCUGAGGUUUCGAUGCUGAGCACUACAUGCUGUAUUACGGAGCUGCUCACCUUGGCUCAUGGGGAAACUGCAGAGUAAAAUCAACUGCAGCACCUCCAAAUACAGGCCUGAUGAUUAUGUGGAAGAGGACAGGCCCGCACAGGCUGUUCAGCAAUACACCCCUGCUCACACUGGCGCCGUCACUUCUGUGGCUGCUCUAACAUCAGAUCUCUGUGUGUCGGGAGGAAAGGACAAGACUGUAGUUGUGUAUAACUGGAGAUCGGGAGCAGUGCUGAGGAGGUUCGUGGGACAUCAACACGAAGUGACUAAGGUGGCCUGUGUCUUUGAAUCCAACAGUUUUUUCAGCGCCUCCCGUGACAAGACAGUCAUGAUGUGGGAGCUACACAGGAACUCAGGGCCGAGCCAGCACUUCCCAGGACAUGACUUGGUUGUAACUGGACUGGCGGUGAGCCCAGACUCUUCACAGCUGUGCACAGGUUCACGGGACAACACCAUGUGCAAGUGGGACAUAGAGACCGGGGAGUGUCUGCGGAGAGCUGCCAUCUCCAGGAAUCUGGUAACACACCUGUGCUGGGUUCCUGCAGAGCCGUAUGUCAUCCAGACGUCAGAGGAUAAAACAAUCAGGAUCUGGGACAGCCGGGAGCUGCAGGUGGCCCAUAGGUUCCCGGUAAAGCAGUAUAUUCAGACCUACUGUGAUGUAAGCCAGGAUGGCCGGUACUGCAUCAGCAGCAGCAAUGGCUUUGGUGGGGAGGGCUGCGAAGCCACACUGUGGGACCUAAGGCAGACAAGAAGCCGCGUGCGUGAGUUCAAGGGGCAUUUCCAAACCACAGCAUCCUGUGUCUUCCUUCCCAAGAGUCUGGGUCUGACCCCAGUCGUUGCCACUUCAUCACAUGACUGCAUGGUGAAGGUCUGGAACCAAGACAGUGGAGCCUGCCUGGUCACCUUGUGCCUUGAUGGAUCUGGACCCCUUGCUUCCCUGGCUGUCUGUGACAGCUCCACACUUCUCUGUGCCAGCUUCAACUCGGGAAUUCACUUACUCAGGAUAAACAGCAUUAAAGGGCUGGAGCUCCAGGAGGUGGCAACAUUCUGAUUCGUAGUGACUCUCUCUGCCCCAGACCAUCAUGGUCAAAAUCCAAAGCAGGAAUUGCCUCUCUGGUUAAGAAGUCUCUCGGUCGCUGGUACUCGUUUCCCGGCUGACUAGGUUUAAUGGCCAGGCACCUGUAAUAUCCCUAGCCCCAAAUCAGCAACAGUGCAGAGCCAGCAGGGUCAUCAGGUUCCAGUUUCUGAGAUUAUGGAAACUAGCUGCAUCCAUUUUUAAAGCCAAGUCAUAGAUGCAUUUAGGCCAAAUUUUAACUUGAAAUAAGCCUUGCACAUUUGACACACAAAAUCAAAAGCAAACUAGUUAUAGGUCUAACAGUUAGAUGAGAAAAAGAGACACAAGCAGAGACUCUAGUGAAACAGGCUGCCGGCCUACAGGGAAGUGUGUUUCUGGGAACAUCCUGCUGACCACAGUGGGGUAGCCUCCAUCCUGUCGUGCAAGCAUCUAUUCCUUGCUAUGCUGCACGUUUCGUUGCUUUUCUUGUUACAAAGAGCCUAUAAAAGAAGGCCUGGAUGCUUGUCAGCAGAGGUAAGGAAAAAUCAUGGAUCGUUGUCCCUCCUCCCUUAUCAGUGUUACGUCGGCAUCCCCAUUUGUUACCCCCAAGGUCACGCCACCAGGGCAGAGUCUGGCUCACCGAGAAGCCUGGGUUACUGAUGCUGUGUGCAGUAGCAGACUGAGGAAGAAAGGGUCCAUCCUGUUAUCUCAGGGUAGAAGCUGAAUACUGUGCUGUGAAGCAGCAAACUUGCUACAGAUCUGAAAACCACCUUUCAGAUGUCAGCAUGUGGAAUGAAUGGCUUGUUUCGGAACAUACCAGUAACUGGCUAACUGAAUGAACAUGCUAAGGUGUCAGCUAGAGAAGCUCAGCCCAGUUCUCAUUGCUCAGGUUCAGUGUGCUGUUUAAUGAAGUCGAACGCUGUGCCCCAAAGCGAAUGCUUGUUCUACAACCAGGGCUGGUGUACGUGCGUCCCGCUGGAAGGGCGGGAGAAUUCAUGCUCUUAGCCUGUCACCAAAAGCUUUGGCAGCAGCUGUGAAGGUAGCUAUUUCUCCACAAUCCAAGGCAGAAGCAAGCUGAUAAAAAAGACUAAUGGAGUGGAAGAAAUAAUCACAUGUUCUUGGCACAUUGCCAGCCCGUUGAGCGGAAGCUGUGGCUGAAGAAUUCCAGGAGAGGUGGCGCAGGAAGAACCCCGGAAGAGGGGUUAGGGAGAGUUUUAACUUCCAGGUAAAGCUGAUUCAGCAGACGGGAUGGCCGGUGUUUUUAACAGGUUUGCCUGGUCUCAGCCUGCCCCUUUUGCCCUGGUGUGGUACCUAGGGGGGUAGCCAGCUUUUCAGUGCAGAAAGGGGUCCAGUGAGUCAGUAACCAGCUCUCAGAUGCCUUCCUUUCCAUGGGUGUGUUUGGCUCCGAGGUUCACAGUGCUUUGGGGAGAGUCUGUCCACCACUUCCUGAUCCAAUAGGCUCGGAGCUCACAAUGCCAGCUUCAGUGACUGCUGUGGGGUUACUGCUGACUGACAUUCCCUGAGUGAGAGCAGAAGUAGGCAAGAGACAUUUCCUCUCCUCUGUGUGCCAGAGGCUGAGGAGGAUGCUUAGUAUACUACAGAGUGCUUCUCCACCAAGAAAGUCUAUUGAGAGAGUUCCAUGUACGUACAGAUCGGGCUCCCCCUGUGGGGUUUGCAGGGACUAGCCAGUCUUUGGCUGGCAGCCUGAAAAAUGCUGUCUGUGUUGGUUAAUAUCCUUGAUUGGUGCUUGCCUACCGGGCACUAGGAGCUACGGCCCAGAUCACAUGAUGUGGAUGCUUUGUGCUAUGCUGUUGGGGUGCUUGCCUGUGGAAGGGUCACCCCAGUGCACUGGGGACGCUGUGGUGGCACAGAGCUCAGAUAGCAACUGCUAUGUCACCCCUUCACUGUGCUGUCCAGUGUCACACACUGGGCCUGACGCUUAUGCAUUUGCCCUCUGCCUUAUGCCUGCCUGCAGCCCUGAUGGAGUCUCAGGCUUCCAGCAGGGCUGCAGAGACUCAGCAAGACUCUUCCUGCAUUUAUCGCCCUGCAGCAGCUGUGGUGCCAGACAUCAGCACUAAAGCAGGGAGUCUCUUCCAUGCUCCCUGGGCUGACACCCUGCCUGCCUCCAGCUUGCUGGAGAUAGAAGCAGCUCUUUGCUCCACUCACUUUUCAGCAGGCAGUUUGGAGCAGAGGGGAAUGUGGCUGGGCUUUGGUGGGAUGAGGGGAAGCUGGAGGAAUGGAAGAUGCAGGGUAAUGGGAAGAAGGAUGGAGAACCCCACCCCUAACAGCCCUUCAGGCUGUCUAAGGCUCACUUGUCCUUCUCUGCUGCAAACGAGCCCGUUACCUCUCCUGUCGUCUGCCCUUGGACACCCCUUGCAUUGCCUCAGCCCCUCCUCCUCCCCUCAUGUUCUUCCCACUGCUCGGAAGGGGAAGAUUGGUGAUUCUCACUGGUGAGAAAUUUCACACGUGUAGCUGCACAAAACUUGGCAGCUGUGCCCCUCCCUGUUUGUGGCAUAGGGGUGUCGCCAGGGGGUCCCUGGCCAGGGUAUUCUCCCUUGAUAGGCUAAUUGGCACUGCCUUAGGGUUCUCUGAGUUGCAUUGGGGGUGUGGCCUGGCAGGCAGCUGGCCCUGGGCUGGUGCCGUCUUUCCUGCUGCCUCCUGAAUGUGGCUGUACACUCCUUGGCCAGAGGCGAGGUUCUGUAGAUCUACAUUUCCAGAGACGGAGUCUUUGGGAGGGAGCGGAUCCUGGGCUAUGGGCUCCCAACCUGUCUGGUGGCUCUCUGUGCUGCAGGUAGAAUUAGAUUAAAUAGGUGGUGCUAAUCUGCACUGUAAUCCCUGAAAUACCUGGAAUAUUCCCAUCUGACUAAAUAAUUAAUGGCAUUUUGAGUUGCUGCCUUAUUGGUCCCCAAGGACUUGCCUCUUUAGGCUUCCUAGGUGGCCUGGGAGAUCUCCUCAGCACAUGUGAACUGUGACUGGAGGGUUUUCUUCAUCAUAGAUUCAUAGAUUCUAGGACUGGAAGAGACCUCGAGAGGUCAUCGAAUCCAGUCCCCUGCCCUCAUGGCAGGACCAAAUACUGUCUAGACCAUCCCUGACAGACAUUUA